AAAAUGUCUAAUGAUCCACAAGUUCAAGCACUUAUGGGAGAGAUGCGACGGUUGAUGAGGGUUGAGAUGAGUGCAAUCUACAAGAGGUUGGAUGAAGUACAAGUGGAGGCAUAACAAAGACAACCACAAAUGUUGCAGCAUAGAAGAGAAAGAGAUCAACUUAGAGUAUUAAGGGUUGACGAUUAUUACACUACUCAAUCAUCAAGAACAAGCCAUAGGAGGCCACAACACAGAGAUGGCAUGGAUCAAACUUAUGAAAACAUUGGAGGUAAUAAGUUGGAGAUUCCUACCUUUCAAGGCAGGAAUGAUCCAGAUGCAUACCUAGAGUGGGAGAAAAAGAUUGAGUCGGUUUUUAGUUAUCAAAACUAUUGCGAAAUGAAGAAGGUACAAGUUGCAGUCACUGGAUUGUGUGAUUAUGCCAUUACUUGGUGGGAUCAGUUGGUGAUAAGCAGGAGGAGAAAUGGAGAACACCCUAUUGAGACUUGGGAAGAAUUGAAGUCUAUUUUGAGGAAACGAUAUGUUCCCAACCAUCACCAUCUUGGUUCAAAUCAUAUUCUAAGGAGGCCUUCUAGACCAACUGAUGGAGCGUCUACUGUCACACCAAGUUACCAACGAGAAAGGACAUCUCUUGUUUUUAAAGAAGAGAAAGCUGCUUUUGUUUCGUUACCAUCACCAAAGGAGCACAAGGAGUUGUUGGUUCAGAAAAAUCUGUUAGAAAUAGCAAAAUCACCGAGUGAGCAAACAGAAGCCGAGGAACCAAAGCACAAAGAGAUCAGCAAAGAUCAGAGUGAGGAAGCCGCGAAGAAAGGCAUUAUCAUCAACAACCUUGAUAGUAUGGAUGAUUCAUCUGAUGAACCAACAAGGAGAGAAAAGCCAACAUUACAUUUAUCGUCAAGCAAGAUAGAGCAAGUUGUUGAUUUUGUAGGAACCAAGAAAGAUCUCACUAUAAACUGUGCAAAUCUUCCUCAUGGUAAGCCACCAGAGUCACUUCAACACUCUCCAACCCAAAGUCUUACAGUUUCGAGGACGAAACUUUUUCAAGAGGAGGGGUAUGAUAUGAUCAUGAGACCAUCCAAGACGACCCUUGAGUCUUGCUCAACACGAACGAAGUCAAAGAUCAACUCUUCCUACCAUAAUGCUAUUUGGGAUGCAUUCUUACCUCAUCUAGAGCAUAUCUCGAAGUUGAAUCAGUCCAAUCAGAGUUUAGGUGAAGGAGUUAUUCAUUUUACAAAUCAGGUGAACUCAUGGCUACGCGACUUAGACCUACGAGCAUUCAAAGGAGGAUUCCGACCAAGCCAGAAGUACUCAAGCUAUGAACAAAACUGUUCUGAAAUCUUGAUCCAUCCUAGAACCACUGAGAAUUGGAAGCACGUUAAAAUCAGUUCAUACUUGAAAGAUAUGGAUAUUUCAAGUCAGUGGAUCUGUCCUAGUUCCAUUUUCGCGUCUGAGCCAAAGAUCGUGUUACACAGACCAACUUAGAAUCAAUUUGGACACGAAAUCAACUGGAGGAUCUCAAUGGAUCUCUUAUGUUUCCAACAAGCUCAAGAACACAAGAUUUGGCCAACAAACCACAGAGUUACGUCCCAUUUGCCAAAGGAGGUGGAUCUAUUUCUUAACUUGAUGAGUUUCAGGUCCAGUUGGUUUAAGAGCUUCCAGAAUUAUGUUUGGCAACCAGG